GGUUGGACAACUGGGCCCUCUGCCAGGGGGAUCCAAGAGAAGGUCCGGGGAGUGGAGAGCAGAGAAUGCUCUACAGCUGGGCUAAGUAGCAGUGCUCACUCCUCUCUUCCAAUCCAGAGCAUUCCAGGAUUAGAGGGCUGGCUGCUGCAGCUCUGUCCUGCCUCCUGCUGCUGCCUGGUCCUGGGGUCUCACGAGAUGGGGAAGCACCUGCUGCUGCUGCUGGGCCUCUCCUUGCUGAUGGGCUUCCUGCAAGCUCUCAAAUGUCACCAGUGUAGUCGAGUCAGCGCUAGUGGGGUUUGCGAGACCGAGGAAAGCUUCUGCGAGACCAAGGACGGGCAGCAGUGCUCGCUGAGGAAGGUCUAUGAAGGUGACAAAAUUUCCUACGGAUACCAAGGUUGUAGCAGUGUGUGUAUUCCUAUGAUGCUCCUGAAUAGCAAAGUUGCUGUGGAAUACAAAUGCUGCAAUAACUCACCUCUGUGCAACAAAUUCUAAAGACAGGAACCAGCUAUUACCCUGAUCUCAUGAAUGCUGAUGUAUACAAUUUUUAUUUAUUGCAAUAAAAGAUUUGAAAAUGUU